GGAUUCUUCAUUGUGGGCAAUGUCAGGCAGAUCUCGCGUGAGCGGGUGGGCUGGAAUGCAGAAAGCGGCAAGAGUAACCAGAACGCUCUCUCCAUCGUGAACUCGGCAGCUGAGAGGAAUACAAAAUGAGCUUUCCGUGUCGGCACCUGGGCCCGGUGGAUCUGUUGAUCGCCAUGACCGCUUUCAGUCGCCGUAAGGAUGAAAGCGACAUAGAUCGGUUGCCAGGCAUCCAUCUGCACCUCGGCCAAGGAGAGCGUCUUCGAGGUGAUUGUCGUGAGGAAACUGAGUCGAGGCUCAAAGCACUUCGAGCCCGAGCUGCCGUACCGGGAGUGUAUGCAACCACAGUGACGGGAAUACCCUUUAGACCUAUCCGCCGACACGAAACAUGCUAAACCGCUCUUCCUUCAGUAACCAGGUGAGCAGCACACGCAGUUGGGCGAGGUGUUGGAGAAUCCCCGUCGACGAAUGCUGCAUAUAUGCCCGUCCAUGCGUAGCAUUGAGAAGAUUGGUCGACUCGGGAGGUAUCGGGUUCGAGGUCGUGGAUCUAGGUGUGGAAUCGCGUCACGAGAUUGACUGUGUCGAGACAAUCCAGCUCGUUCUUCACGGAGAUCGGGAGAAGAGACCCGAGGGCAUCAUCGAAUGCAGAAAGUCGCAGGUUCGACGCACGAAGUUUGGCUGUACAUGCAAGGAGAUCGAAGAGGUUGGAAGGAUCUACUCCUUCAGCGAGGGCACGCGACUCGUAAGUUUGUGGUUCUUGCGGUCUUCCAGCGCCUCGGUCAACGCGCAUGCAGGGAACGACAUGACAAGCUCUCGUCGAGUUUGAGACGAAUGAUCCAGGGCGCGUGAAGGCAAAGCUCAUCCUGGUGCUCCCUUGUACCAGAUAAGGUCGCCCGGAUCUCAUCGUCUAGCUAAGUGGUAAGCGCGCGUCGCAGCCUCCAAGACUUCGAACACGUCGUUGGGUAACGGACGACGGAGCAGUUCCGUGCCUUCUGAACGGCAAUUUUGAGAGAAAGCUCGAAGCCGUGUGCGCGGUCGCGACGCACACGCGCACGAAACUGUUCAUUGUAUGCGCAUUUUCACAGCUCCGCAAUGAAAAGGGCUCUAGGAAGGCGUGCAGUGGCUCGAAAAAAC